AUGACCAUUUACUCCAGUUAUCGAAUUAUUACUGCGCAGUAUAACCUUGAGGAAACCAUCAAUAUAUGCCCACAAACAAGAACAUUUACAAACCAUACAAACUUCAUUAUUCCUCCAUCGAUCACUCCUAGGCCAGUAAAGCAUUAUAACUGCUUUUCUCGACUAUGUCUUCAGGCUAAAUUAGCCAGCACUGUACUGUUGUUGGAAGAAGGACUCGGAUGGGUUCACGUCGAGGUCACGGGUAGAGCGUACCCAUAUGGUAUUGAUUCCCAGGAUAACCAAGUGAACAUGUCUGAGUACGACAGUCUUCGUGUUCAGGACACCCUGCCCGUAGCGCCUCCGCACGCGAUACAUGCAGACGACUCGUCUUCUUCUCCGUCUCCUUCAGCCAGCGACGUAGACUCGGACCACAUCCCACUCGACUUGCCACCCAUUGUCAUAGAACAAGGCAGCGAUAACGACAACGACAACUCGAUCAUUCUUGACGGUUCUAGAAUUUCUCCAGUUCUACCAGACGACAAAGAUAUAUACAAAUGGGCUGUCAUGUACGAAAACCAGCGAGGAUUGACGGUCUUCUCCACGCCAUACUACUCCCCCUACUCACUCUUUUUCUUUGACCCCCUCCCAUUUACAGUCCCGUCCUCCUCUUCCCACCGCGCGGAUCAACCAAACGUAUCCCUACGGAACUACCCCCUCCCAGACGGCACCUGGCGCUGGGUCUCAAAUGCGUGGAUGAUCGACAUGCGCACCGACUCAGGCGAGGUACAACACGACGGAUUCGAAUACAACUGGAUGUUCCGUCCGCACAGCUGGCGCGCCGAGGUGGGGAGCUUGAGCACUGGCGCGUGGGUGCGACGCAGGCGGUGGGUCAGACUCAUGAUGCGUCCGGCUCGAAAUUUCAAGAAAAGCGAUAUAAAGCGCAAGAAUGAGGACAACUAUAUUGAUUGCGACUACGAUAACGAAGAAGGACGCGAGAAGUCGAGAUCGGUGCUUGACCAAUUUCUCGGGGAGCCUAAUCGCGUUUGGAAAGGCGAUGAGAAGGAUUGGGCACGGUGCCAUACUUUACUAAGGCGCUUGGGAACAGAUGGAGUUAAGCUCGAGUUGUGGAGAGCGUGGCUCGGACCUUAUGGCUGUGACAGUGCUAGCAUGACCAGUGUAAAGGGUAAGGAAGUGGCCAGGGAACCAAACCCAAAUGAAGACGAGAAGGCUACUACCCCACCAUCGACAGAGCCUUUCAAUGAGCCCAGUCGGAAAAAAGGGAACAUAACAGCUCCGCCGCUGGACCACCUUUCAGCCGUUCUUCGUGACCAUAAUGACACCAUCCUCCAAGGUUUUAUGCUUCCCGAUUCGCGUGCCAGAUACCUAACGCUCCUGCACAAAGCAGGCCUGCUAGGUCCAUCAGACGCGGGGCGCGCAAGCUACAUGACACUUUCGCAGGUCUGCUUUUGGAGCUACGCGAGCGACCUGGGAGGGAAGAGGAUGGAGAAGGAGGAAGAAAUUUUGAGAGAGUGUAGAGAACUUAGGGAGAAACUGAAAGAGGAGGAGGCGAGGCGAGAAGAAGGCAAGAAAGCGAUGGAAGAGAUGGGGAAGGAGGUGAUGAGGGCUGUGGAGAAGGAGAGGUGGGACGAUGGCAUGUGGACGGAGGCGUGGGAGACAUUCGGGAAAGACGACAAAUUUGUCGAUGCUGAGGAGGGUGGAGACAAAGAGAGUGAAAUCAAAGGGAAGAGGGAAGGGGAAGAUAUAAUUUCGGGGCCUGAAUCUAAACAAGAGCCCGGGGUUGAGGAGAACUCUUAAGGCAAGCGGAUCUAAUGUAGGCUAAGGAAGACAAAUAAUAAAUUGAAUCGCACUUUCUUUCAAGUGUGUACCUCUCAGGGUGCAACGAACAGCAAACAAACAAAGUAGAUACAUACAUAUUGAUAUAUAUAGGAUAGUCCAGGGAUGAUGCUUGGGAGAACAGUGACGAGAUAUAUAUGGUCAAGCGUCAAAGCGUCUCCGUGAUCAAAUUGUGGUUUUCAAAACUUCGUCCCAGGUCUUGGGCAAUGACGGCAGUGCACGUAGGAAAGCUUUGAACCACAACUCGUAAAAUUUGUCUCCCAGUGUCGUUAGAGAUUCAAUCAAGUUGUCUGAAUUGAGCUUUUUGACAAUUGCCGUAGCCUCUUUCAUGAGCGGUAUGAUUUCCGUGAAAAAGGGCACGAAAACCAUCAAAAUAGGGGAAAAAUCGUUAUCCAGGAAUGAUUCCUCCAGAUUCGUCACUACCCACGUUUUAUUCGUUUCGCUCGAGUCAGGAUCGUCUGCAGCCAGUAAUUUAUGAAGCCAUCGUCCCUCGUCAAUCGUUAAGCUUUUACGUUCGUGGCCAAUGUUCA